AAAUACGUGACGUCAGCACGUUUCUUUCUCUUUCCUUAUGCAGUGAAGUUGGUUGGCGCACUGUCACCGAACAUCCAUUAGACAUCAAGGAUGGCCGAGGAAGGCAUUUCUGCUGGAGGUGUAAUGGAUAUUAACACAGCUCUUCAAGAAGUGCUGAAGACCGCACUUAUACAUGAUGGCCUAGCUCGUGGAAUUCGUGAAGCUGCCAAAGCCCUUGACAAACGCCAAGCACAUCUGUGUGUCCUCUCUUCAAACUGUGAUGAACCAAUGUAUGUGAAAUUGGUGGAAGCACUUUGUGCGGAGCAUCAGAUCAAUCUAAUAAAGGUUGAUGACAGCAAGAAGCUUGGAGAGUGGGUUGGUCUCUGUAAGAUUGACAGAGAAGGCAAGCCCCGCAAGGUGGUUGGCUGCAGUUGUGUUGUUGUCAAGGACUAUGGCAAGGAGUCUCAGGCCAAAGAUGUUAUUGAAGAAUAUUUCAAGUGCAAGAAAUAAACAUCUGAAUAAAAGUGUUGAACUUGA